UGCAGGUCAUUACUUCUUUUUUUUUUGGUCCUCUCUCACUUUUGAUAGAUUCUAGAACCAUGUGUGCGUUGAGUGCUCGGGAACACGAGUGCGGCCAAGUUCUGGUGCGCUUCUAGUGUUGUCGGGCUCUCGAGGAGCAGAGGAGGAGAGGGGAGGGGGCGGGGGUGCAGGACAAUAAGGAUGACUUUAGGGACGGAUAUGUCCGACAGCUCUGCAUUGUCCGAUGAUGUGGACAUUGACGUGGUCGGGGUCGGAAAGGACGGAAAGUACGCGCAGCACGACUUCAACCUGGACUCCGAUGAUAAUUACUCCCAGAACGCCGAGGAAGGGGCGUCCUCGCCGGGACUGAGCAGCUCCGACUGCCCGGCGGAGCAGACGGGGGCCGGCGCCGUCGCGGUGGCGGGCGACAAAGCGAGGAAAAGCGCCCUGGUGAAGCCGCCCUACUCCUACAUCGCGCUCAUCACCAUGGCCAUCCUGCAGAGCCCCAAGAAGCGCCUCACCCUCAGCGAGAUCUGCGAGUUCAUCAGCAACAGGUUCCCCUACUACCGCGAGAAGUUCCCCGCCUGGCAGAACUCCAUCCGGCACAACCUCUCCCUCAACGACUGCUUCGUGAAAAUCCCACGGGAGCCCGGCAACCCCGGCAAGGGCAACUACUGGACGCUGGACCCGGAUUCGGCGGACAUGUUCGACAACGGGAGCUUCUUGCGCAGGAGGAAGCGCUUCAAGAGGAACCAGGGCAACGAGAUCCUGCGGGACGCCGGAGGCUUUCUCCCCGGGUUCGGAUACAACCCGUACGGAUACAGCUACGGACUCCAGCUGCAGAACUUCCACGCCGCGCACAACCCGUACCACCCGCAUCACCAUCCCCACACGGGGGGUUCCUUCCCGUUCCCUAACGUGCCGUGCACCUUGCCCUCGCCCAUCUUCCCCGCGGCCCCCCCUCCCUUGCCCAUGGGCGCCGACUUGAGGAAGCCCUUCUACCCGUCCUUGGCACCUCUCAAGACGGACUCGAGCGCCCCGAGCCGGCCCUCGUUCUCCAUCGACAACAUCAUCGGCGCGGCGGCCAACUCCACCGCGUCGUCGUACGGCGCGCAGCCGGGCGGACAGGCGCACAUCCUGGCCAUGCUCAGCCCGGCCCUGGCCUCCGCUUCCAACCACUUGAGCCUGUCGCAAGACUUAUUACAGCCCGGGACGCACGGGCAGACCUUUGCCAGCAAAAACUUGAACACUUGCCCUUUCUAAAAAAAAAAAAAAAAAGAAAGAAACAAACAAAAAACAAAACAAAAAAACCCCCAAAAAACAAAAAGCAUUUUUUUAAAAAAACUGCCCUGAACUUGAAUUAAAAAAAAAAAGCCAAAUGUGGUUUUGUCCUAUUUGAAGGUACGCUGAGCAUUAGGGGGGGGAAGUAUUGUGUUUUGGCUCCAUAAGAGGGUUUAUUUAUGCUUUGUAAAUAGGUGCAUUUGAUGAAACAGUGAUCCAUUUUAACAUGCAUUAACGUGGCCUCCAUUUUGUGUUGUACGCCAAAUAACGCCCUGUGAAGUUGUGUCACCGAGAGGAGGGGGAUUUUAACAUUUUGAGAGAGCUUGUUUUUAAUGACGACAUAGGUGGCACGUGACACAGACAACUCAGGUUUUUAACUUAGAAAAGCACAUGCAGAAGGUGCGUUCAAAAGAAAAAGAAAAACCCCAUCGCCCCCCCUUCCCCGCCCCCCGAAUCUCCUGUACAUAGUGAUUAUUUUAAAAACAAAUAUUUUGUUGUUGGUUUAAAAAAAAAAAGCACAUUACCUCCAUUCAAACUUGUUUCAUGGUUGUAUUUCACAUACAGUUUUAUGUCAUG